UUGACACCAAGCACUAUGUCAUCACCAGGCCUUGGCACCAGUGGCCCUGGAGUGUCCACAACAGCUGUUCUAGGAUCAACAAGUGCAGUUCCAGGUGUGAGUACAGCAGGUCCAGGAUUGACACCAAGCACUACGUCAUCACCAGGUCUUGGCACCAGUGGCCCUGGGGUCUCCACAACAGCUGUUCUAGGAUCAACAAGUGCAGUUCCAGGUGUGAGUACAGCAGGUCCAGGAUUGACACCAAGCACUACGUCAUCACCAGGUCUUGGCACCAGUGGCCCUGGGGUCUCCACAACAGCUGUUCUAGGAUCAACAAGUGCAGUUCCAGGUGUGAGUACAGCAGGUCCAGGAUUGACACCAAGCACUACGUCAUCACCAGGUCUUGGCACCAGUGGCCCUGGGGUCUCCACAACAGCUGUUCUAGGAUCAACAAGUGCAGUUCCAGGUGUGAGUACAGCAGGUCCAGGAUUGACACCAAGCACUACGUCAUCACCAGGUCUUGGCACCAGUGGCCCUGGGGUCUCCACAACAGCUGUUCUAGGAUCAACAAGUGCAGUUCCAGGUGUGAGUACAGCAGGUCCAGGAUUGACACCAAGCACUACGUCAUCACCAGGUCUUGGCACCAGUGGCCCUGGAGUCUCCACAACAGCUGUUCUAGGAUCAACAAGUGCAGUUCCAGGUGUGAGUACAGCAGGUCCAGGAUUGACACCAAGCACUACGUCAUCACCAGGUCUUGGCACCAGUGGCCCUGGAGUCUCCACAACAGCUGUUCUAGGAUCAACAAGUGCAGUUCCAGGUGUGAGUACAGCAGGUCCAGGAUUGACACCAAGCACUACGUCAUCACCAGGUCUUGGCACCAGUGGCCCUGGAGUCUCCACAACAGCUGUUCUAGGAUCAACAAGUGCAGUUCCAGGUGUGAGUACAGCAGGUCCAGGAUUGACACCAAGCACUACGUCAUCACCAGGUCUUGGCACCAGUGGCCCUGGGGUCUCCACAACAGCUGUUCUAGGAUCAACAAGUGCAGUUCCAGGUGUGAGUACAGCAGGUCCAGGAUUGACACCAAGCACUACGUCAUCACCAGGUCUUGGCACCAGUGGCCCUGGGGUCUCCACAACAGCUGUUCUAGGAUCAACAAGUGCAGUUCCAGGUGUGAGUACAGCAGGUCCAGGAUUGACACCAAGCACUACGUCAUCACCAGGUCUUGGCACCAGUGGCCCUGGGGUCUCCACAACAGCUGUUCUAGGAUCAACAAGUGCAGUUCCAGGUGUGAGUACAGCAGGUCCAGGAUUGACACCAAGCACUACGUCAUCACCAGGUCUUGGCACCAGUGGCCCUGGGGUCUCCACAACAGCUGUUCUAGGAUCAACAAGUGCAGUUCCAGGUGUGAGUACAGCAGGUCCAGGAUUGACACCAAGCACUACGUCAUCACCAGGUCUUGGCACCAGUGGCCCUGGGGUCUCCACAACAGCUGUUCUAGGAUCAACAAGUGCAGUUCCAGGUGUGAGUACAGCAGGUCCAGGAUUGACACCAAGCACUACGUCAUCACCAGGUCUUGGCACCAGUGGCCCUGGGGUCUCCACAACAGCUGUUCUAGGAUCAACAAGUGCAGUUCCAGGUGUGAGUACAGCAGGUCCAGGAUUGACACCAAGCACUACGUCAUCACCAGGUCUUGGCACCAGUGGCCCUGGGGUCUCCACAACAGCUGUUCUAGGAUCAACAAGUGCAGUUCCAGGUGUGAGUACAGCAGGUCCAGGAUUGACACCAAGCACUACGUCAUCACCAGGUCUUGGCACCAGUGGCCCUGGGGUCUCCACAACAGCUGUUCUAGGAUCAACAAGUGCAGUUCCAGGUGUGAGUACAGCAGGUCCAGGAUUGACACCAAGCACUACGUCAUCACCAGGUCUUGGCACCAGUGGCCCUGGGGUCUCCACAACAGCUGUUCUAGGAUCAACAAGUGCAGUUCCAGGUGUGAGUACAGCAGGUCCAGGAUUGACACCAAGCACUACGUCAUCACCAGGUCUUGGCACCAGUGGCCCUGGGGUCUCCACAACAGCUGUUCUAGGAUCAACAAGUGCAGUUCCAGGUGUGAGUACAGCAGGUCCAGGAUUGACACCAAGCACUACGUCAUCACCAGGUCUUGGCACCAGUGGCCCUGGGGUCUCCACAACAGCUGUUCUAGGAUCAACAAGUGCAGUUCCAGGUGUGAGUACAGCAGGUCCAGGAUUGACACCAAGCACUACGUCAUCACCAGGUCUUGGCACCAGUGGCCCUGGGGUCUCCACAACAGCUGUUCUAGGAUCAACAAGUGCAGUUCCAGGUGUGAGUACAGCAGGUCCAGGAUUGACACCAAGCACUACGUCAUCACCAGGUCUUGGCACCAGUGGCCCUGGGGUCUCCACAACAGCUGUUCUAGGAUCAACAAGUGCAGUUCCAGGUGUGAGUACAGCAGGUCCAGGAUUGACACCAAGCACUACGUCAUCACCAGGUCUUGGCACCAGUGGCCCUGGAGUCUCCACAACAGCUGUUCUAGGAUCAACAAGUGCAGUUCCAGGUGUGAGUACAGCAGGUCCAGGAUUGACACCAAGCACUACGUCAUCACCAGGUCUUGGCACCAGUGGCCCUGGAGUCUCCACAACAGCUGUUCUAGGAUCAACAAGUGCAGUUCCAGGUGUGAGUACAGCAGGUCCAGGAUUGACACCAAGCACUACGUCAUCACCAGGUCUUGGCACCAGUGGCCCUGGGGUCUCCACAACAGCUGUUCUAGGAUCAACAAGUGCAGUUCCAGGUGUGAGUACAGCAGGUCCAGGAUUGACACCAAGCACUACGUCAUCACCAGGUCUUGGCACCAGUGGCCCUGGGGUCUCCACAACAGCUGUUCUAGGAUCAACAAGUGCAGUUCCAGGUGUGAGUACAGCAGGUCCAGGAUUGACACCAAGCACUACGUCAUCACCAGGUCUUGGCACCAGUGGCCCUGGAGUCUCCACAACAGCUGUUCAAGGAACAACAAGUGCAGCAGGUCCAGGAGUCACACCAUUCAGCACUCCUAUGUUUACUGCAACAGUUCCAAUUACUGUUACUGUUGUUUCGUACACUUCUAUUUCAGGACAAUGUAACUCUGAAUUUCAGUUCACCUGUUCCAACGGAGACUGUGUUGGUGUUUCACUGAGAUGUGAUGGCUUUAGUGACUGUAGUGAUGGUUCUGAUGAGACUGAAUGUGUUGACUGUGUCUAUGGGAGCUGGGGACUCUGGAGUGCAUGUUCAUUGUCUUGUGGGCUGGGAACUAAACAGAGAGACAGAGCUGUCAUUCAAGAGGCAGGGUCUGGUGGAAUAGUAUGCAAUGAGAACACACUCACUGACAGUGAGACUUGUUAUGUCCAACCAUGUCCACUUGAUGGUGGCUGGGCAGAUUGGUCAAGCUGGACGGAGUGCGAUGUCUCCUGCGAUGGUGGUGUCCAAACAAGAUGGCGGACGUGUACUAACCCCACACCCAAAGAUGGCGGCCAGGAUUGCUAUGGCGACUGGAUGGAGAUGAACAGCUGUAACACUGUGCCCUGUGAACUCACAAACUGUCCGGAGGGGAAGAUGUACAUCAGCGAGGCAGACUGUCUGACCUUCGACCCUUGUCCCUAUGCCUGUGCAAGCCUUGCUCCUGAAGCAGCUUGUCUGGCAGUGUGUGAACCAGGGUGUUAUUGUGAAGCGGGGACUGUGCUGGAGGCAGGAGAGUGUGUGCCCGUCCAGGACUGUCGCUGCUUUCAUGGAGGAGUAGAGUACCAGUCAGGACAGGCCAUCACUGAUGAGAACUGCCACCACUGUGAGUGCAGCAAUGGAACUAUGUCUUGCACCCAGCAGGAAUGUCCAGUGAACUGUGGCUGGUCAGCCUGGACCACAUGGACAGUCUGCGACAAAUCCUGUGGGGUUGGGUACCAGGAGCGCUUCAGGUCUGCAAACAACCCAGUUGCAGCCCAUGGAGGCCAGGAGUGUACAGGAGACUCUCACCAGAUGCAGCCCUGCAAUGUCUUCUCCUGUCCUGCGGAGUGGAGUGAUUGGUCCAACUGGACAGCCUGUUCCUCAGCAUGUGACGGCGGGGAGAGGACCAGGACCCGUGUCUGCAUACCUGAUGGACUGUCUGUUUUAGACUGUCCUGGGAAUGACACACAAACUAUGCCUUGUAACACCGACAGCUGUGGAGAAACCUGUGCUGAGGACAAAGUGUACAAGGAGUGUGAUCCUUGCCCUCACAGUUGUACAGACCUUCAGGAUGGUGUCCAGUGUAUUCAGGAUGAAUGCCUGCCUGGAUGCUACUGCCCUGAUGGUCAGGCACUACAGGAUGGCCAGUGUGUCUCAGAAGCAAAUUGCAGAUGCAGGCUGCCCCUCAUCUCAGGAGGUUCCAUGGAAAUCGAGUCUGGAACCACAGUUGUAAAGGACUGCACCAAUUGCACCUGUGACAGUGGAAGAUUACUCUGUGAACCAGGUGGCUGUCCAGUUGAUGGAGGAUGGACUGUCUGGACGCCAUGGACAGUGUGUUCCAAGCAAUGUGUGGAUGACCUUGGCACAGUGGGAUCAAGGUCACGGUUCCGCAACUGCACCAACCCGCCGCCCCAGCACGGGGGAGAAACCUGCGGUGGGAUGGGUGAAGAGAGGGAGGACUGUAACACUCACAGGUGUCCAGUGGAUGGACAGUGGGGUGCCUGGUCCCCCUGGAGUUCCUGUAGUCAGACCUGUUCUGGUGGAAGUCGGAUCCAACACCGAGUGUGCGACAGUCCUGCCUCGGCCUACGGUGGUGAGCCCUGUCCAGGCCCAGCCUCUCAGACCAUGGAGUGUGGAGAGCCUUGCUCGGAGUGUCCUGCCGGGAUGGUUUACCUGACGGAGGACGAGUGUGGCACCACCUGCCCACGGACAUGUGCAGAGUUGAGCUCACAGGUCAUGUGCACCUCCAGCUGCCAGGCCGGGUGCCAUUGUGCUGAUGGGAAGGUGCUCCAGGAUGGAGAGUGUGUGGAUCCCCCUCAGUGCAGAUGUACCUACCAGACUCAGGAGGUGCCACCAGGGGCAGUUCUGCCUUACAAUGAGUGUAACAACUGCACUUGUGUGAAUGGCAAUAUGGAAUGUGACACUGCACCCUGUCCAGUGGACUGUGGUUGGUGCCCCUGGUCGACUUGGGGAGAAUGCAGCAAGACCUGUGGUGCUGGCGUGCAAUCCCGUUAUCGCUCCGGAGACAACCCACCUCCGCAGAAUGGCGGGAAGAUGUGUGAGGGACCUGCGACAGACAUUGAUCCCUGCAACACUCAGCCAUGCGAGGUGUCGCUGGUUGGCUGGUCAGCCUGGACCAACUGGACAUUGUGCACGGCCACAUGUGGGAAUGGCCUACAGUACCGCUACAGGGAGUGUCCUGAGGGAGAGAUCUGUGAUGGGGAUGCCAUGGAGGAGACUGUGUGUUAUGCUGGGAUCUGCGUUUACCAUGGUAACUGGGGUGCCUGGUCAACAUGGACCACAUGCUCUGCAAGUUGUGGUACUGGCUUCACGGCGCGCCAGCGGGAAUGUAACAAUCCAGCACCGUCCAACGGUGGUAACUUCUGUGAGGGGUCUGCUACGGAAGGGGUGCAGUGCAACAUGGGAAGCUGUAACGCCCAUCUGUGUGAGAACAUUACGGGCUCUGUGUACGAUGACUGCGGCCCAGCCUGCCCCCGGUUGUGCGAGGACAUGUCUGCCUGUGUCUGGUCGUGCCAGCCUGGCUGCUACUGUCCCAGUGGGCUCGUUCUGAACGAGAACCGGACCGCCUGCGUGGACGCUUCGGCCUGCAGCUGUCUGGACUUGGAGACUGACACCAGACAUCCGCCAGACAGUGUCAUCACAAAGGACUGCAACCAAUGUGUCUGCAAGAAUGGCCAGUUUUCCUGCACAGGAGAACAGUGUGAAGUUCCAGGUGGCUGGUGUUACUGGGGUGCUUGGUCCAUGGCAAGCUGUCAGGGCUCGUGUGACUCGAUGCAGACCCGGCAGCGUGUGUGCGCCUGUCCGGCUCCCAUCUCACAGGAGGGGAUGUGCGCAGACGUUCACAGUCUGGAGGAGGGUUACGGGCUUCAACAGGAAAAUGCACCAUGUGAACCUUACAAUCCAUGUCCUGUUGACGGCAACUGGACAGAGUGGUCAGUCUGGUCUGGGUGUGAGCAGUGCAUGGCGGGUAGUGAGUUCCGUACGCGGUCCUGUGCAAACCCCCCUCCCCAGCAUGGCGGUGAGGAGUGCACAGGGAAUCACACCAUGUCCCGCCCCUGCCAGGUGGACACAGAGCUGUGUGGACCGGAAUGUUCACCGGGCCUGGUGCUGCACACCUGCCACACAGGCUCUCUCACCUGUCUAGAUCUGAAGGACUCCAAUGAGCUCACGGAGAACCACACCUGCACAGCUGCAUGCACCUGUCCAGGAGAACAGCUGCUGCACAAUGGGACUUGUGUGGACAUAGGGGACUGUCCAUGUACCUAUAGGGAGGAUGAGCUACCAGGGUACAUGCCUGUGCCUGGUGCAGAACUCCACCUGUUGACAUUAACAGCCGAGGAGACUAUAUCCCUUUCCUGCAACAACUGCACCUGCACUGCUGGUAAGAUGGUUUGCACCACGGCUGUAUGUGAAGUUGAUGGUAACUGGAGCUUGUGGUCCACCUGGUCAGUCUGCUCUGUACCAUGCGGGGGAGGGGCGCAGUACCGCCACAGAUCAUGUGACAACCCGGCCCCAGCCAACGGUGGCCAGGCGUGUGCCGGGCUGGACCAGGAGAGUCAGUCAUGUAACGAGCAACUGUGCACAGGUGGUAAUGAGACGGUGGCACCUGGUUGGUCUAGCUGGUCAUCCUGGUCCGCCUGCACAGCAUCGUGUGAUGGUGGACAGAAGACCAGAGCUCGGGCCUGCACCUCGCCGGCACCCCAGGAUGGGGAAGACUUCUGUGAGGGUGGCACAGAGGGCGGAAUAGAAACAGUGCUGUGCAACACACAGCAGUGUCCUUGUCUCGCCUGUGUGUGUGAGUUUGACCCUGCUGCAGAGUUUGGAGAUGGCAGUGUGACAGGAAGCCUGACAGAUGGGACUGAGGUGUCAGCUGGGCACGAUGUUCCCUCCGGCUCCAGCCUGGCUGUACAGUGUAACCUCUGUGUGUGCCAGGAUGGUGUGUUCACCUGUACUCAGGAUCUCUGCAAGGUUGACGGUGGUGUAUCAGAGUGGAGUGGUUGGAGUAACUGUUCCCUGCCAUGCGGGGGGCUGGGCACCAGGACCAGGACUCGAGACUGCAGCAACCCUGCCCCAGAGAACGGUGGGCUAGACUGCACAGCGGCACUCACGGAGACAGUGUACUGCCAAACCCCUGCUUGUCCAGUUGCAGGCAGCUGGUCUGAGUGGAGCAGCUGGGGAUCCUGCUCGGCCACGUGCGGAGGUGGUUCUCGCCAGCGCCAGCGUACAUGUACCAACCCUGCGCCCCUGCACGGCGGCACAGACUGUCAGGGUGUCAGCACACAGACACAGGAGUGUAACCUACAAGAGUGUGAUACAGUCUGUAGCGGAGGGAAACAGUACACCACAAUGUGUUCCUCCUGCCCCCACACCUGUGCUGAACAGGCAGGCACAGCAGAGUGUGUGGAGCCGGAGACCUGUGAGCCUGGGUGCCGCUGUCCGCAGGGCCUGUAUGAGCAGGCAGGGCAGUGUGUGAGUCCUGUGGUCUGUAGGUGUGAGGGUGAUGCUGGGGCUAUGGUGGAACCUGGCCAGGUGGUCACUCAGAACUGCUCCACAUGUGUGUGUCUGAAUGGGAUGCUGAACUGCACAGACGACCCCAGCUGUUUUGUUACCCCCGGAUGGUCAGGAUGGGAAGUCUGGACCCCCUGCUCUAAGUCGUGCAUACAGGGAGUGGCAGAGUUUGGCAGCAGUGUUCGAUCCCGUCGCCGUUAUUGCACUGACCCUCCACCCUCCGCUGGUCAAGACUCCUGUGUUGGGGAUGACUUAGAGGAGCAGAUCUGUAACGUUCCAGAGUGUCCCUUGGUUGGUGGUUGGACGGAGUGGUCGCAGUGGUCAGCCUGUACCGUCACAUGUGGCGCGGGAACGUCUCUCCGGUACAGGAACUGCACCAAUCCCCCGCCUUCAUUACCAGACCUGACCUGCGAGGGCUCAGCUGUACAGACUACAACAUGCAUGGCAGAGAGUGACUGUGAAGGUUGCCCAGCUGGUCAGGUGUACCAUAGCUGCCUGCCUUGCCCCCGGACUUGUCUGGACAAACAGAAUCAUGUGGAGUGUGUUCAACAAGAAUGUGUCCCUGGAUGUGGUUGUCCCAGUGGGCAGCUGCUUUCAGGUGACAGCUGUGUGGAGGAGGACAGCUGCCCAUGCAGCCAUGUGGAUCCAGCUGAUUCAGGUGCCAGCCCGGUGUUGUACUCUGAUGGGGAUGUCGUCAGCAUCAGUUGCAACAACUGCACCUGCACAGCCGGUCAUUUCAGCUGCAGCAACCUGGUAUGUGAUGUGGACUGCACCUGGAAUGCCUGGUCCACCUGGUCUGCCUGUAGCAAGUCCUGCGGGGUUGGUGAGAGGUCACGACAUAGGACCUAUAACCCUGCCCAGGGCAGUGGGGCCCAGUGUGCAUCCUUGUGGUACACCACAGAGACACAGGACUGUAACACGCAUGCCUGCUCAGUCAAUGGCGAGUGGGGCCAGUGGUCUGCAUGGACCCCAUGUGAUGCUAGCUGCGACGGCGGUUCUAGUUAUCGGUCUCGUGCCUGCGACAAUCCUCCACCGAAGAACGGUGGGAACGACUGCGAGGGGGAACACUCAGAGUUGACCUUGUGCAACACUGAUCCAUGUGAUGGCACCUGUCCAGAUGGCCUGGUUUACGACACCUGUGCUACCACCUGCGGCCACCGCUGUAGUGACUUCCACCAGGAUGUGGCCUGUGUCGAUGCAGAAGAAUGCACACCUGGCUGCGGGUGUCCGCAGGGAUGGUACCUGCAGAAUGGAGAAUGUGUCCUGAGGUCCCAGUGUGAGUGUGUGGAUUCACAAGGCCAGCAGUGGGCACCAGGCAGCACACAGAUACAGGGCUGCAACAACUGCACAUGUGCAGAUGGCCAAGUCACCUGUGGGACAGACUCUUGCCCAGUUGACUGUGUGUGGAGUGCCUGGUCUUCCUGGACUGCCUGUACUGCAACCUGUGGUCCUGCAACUAUGACUCGCUACAGGUCAGACAACAAUCCCCCUGCAUCGUCCGGAGGAGCUGCCUGUGAAGGCAUCAGCUUGGAGACUCAGAGCUGCGAGCUACCCCUCUGUCCUGCUGUCUGCUAUGGACCAAAUGGGGAGGUGACGCAGGUUGGAGAAACCUACCAACCCCACCCCUGCACAGAAUGCCAGUGCACUGCAAACGACUGGAACUGUCAGGUCAUUCCUUGCUCACAGGCAGGCAGUUGGUCAGCCUGGUUGGAGUGGUCAGAGUGCCCUGUAACCUGUGGCAGCGGUCAGCAGUCUCGUGUUCGCGCCUGUUCUGACCCCGCCCCUCUGUAUGGCGGUGCAGACUGUGAGGGAAACAACAUGGAGAUGCGGCCAUGUGGGCAGCAGGCCUGCCACGUGCCAGAGCAGUGCUCCCUGCAGACAGAGGUGCGUAACCUGACCCGUGGAGAGUGUGUGGCCCCUGGUGUGGAGGUGCAGUUCUGCUCGGGGGCGUGCCCGUCUUACACCGACAUCGUGUUCACCGAGCCGUACGUGGUGACGGUGUGCGAGUGCUGCUCCUACGUGCUGGAUGCCCUCCAGCCCACGCAGUUCGUCACCAUGACCUGCCAGGGCAGUGGAGAGGACUCCCUCGUGCUGCCGCGCAUCGCCAGCUGCAACUGUGCCUCCGAACACUGUCCAGACAAGUAAAAAGCAAAUUCAAGUGGAAUUGACAGGAAAAGGAUUGACAAGUGAUGAAAUAGUCCGCGGCAUGAUGAGAUGUUAUUUCAUCCUCAUGUGGCAUAUAAAGAUGGUAGUGCAAUGAAUAAAUAGUAAUCUGCAUACAA